UUAAAAUCGUUUCCUCGUGAAAAAAUAAAACACAAACACAACACCACGUGUGUUUUAAGACAAUUUUUGAAGACACAUUUUAAUUUUUAAUUCGAAUUGAAAUUAGGAAAGCAACCAACUCAUAAUGAAGACAAAAGGAAAGGGCAAGAAGGGAAAAGCGUUUAGCAAGGCCGACGAGAUGAAGCUGAGGAAAAUGAUCAACAACCAAAGUAGCAAAGCGGACGAGGAAUCCGACGACAGCAGUCUUGACGAUGAGGAUUUGGAUGUGCAGGACGACGACGCUGAAGACUUGGAGUUUGGAUCCGAUGAAGAGGUUGCUGAUGAUGAGAAUGGAAAUGAAUCAGACGACGAGGAAGAUGAGGAGGAGAAAGAUGCCGGCAGCGAAGAGGACGAAAGUGUUGAAAAUGAGGGAAGCGGUAAAGAGGAAGACGUCGGAACUACUAAACAACACAAACAAGCACUAAAUAGGCUGAAGGACACGGAUCCGUCGUUUUACAAAUAUUUGCUGCAAAAUGACAAGGAAUUGUUGAAUUUUGAGGCGUCGGACGAUGAUUCUGAUGUUGACGAAGAUGAAAAAGUUCACAAACCACCUGAAACACUGGCUGAAGACAGCGAAGACAGUGACUUAGAAAAUGAAGAGGAAUACACCGGUGCUCAAAUAAAUGUCACCAAAGCCAUGGUUGAAAAUUGGAACGACAGCAUGCAAUCGGACGGAUCUCUUGAGGUUGUUGCCGAGAUUGUCAAGGCUUUCCAGUCCGCAGUGGUCCAGCUCCAUGGCAAAGAGGACGAAGGACGAACCAAUUUGAAGUACCAUUUUGUCGGCGCAGGACACUUCAACAGUAUAAUGCAGACCUGCUUGUCCUACAUGUAUUCGUCGCUGAGGAAGAUUUUGAAAAUGCCCAGUAACGUUUCCAUUGCCCAGCCUAUGAAAAGCAAGAGGUGGAAGAAGGCCAGGCAGCACAUCAAACUCUACCUGAACACUUUAAUUCAGUACCUGGGUCUGGUCUCGUCCGAAGAAGUUCAAGCGACGGUGUUGAAGCAUUUCCAUCAGAUGUCUCUAUUCGUUGUUUGCUUCCCCAAAAUGUGCAAAACCGCCUUGAAACUUUUGGUCAAACUGUGGUCGGAAGGGCUCAGCCAGCCAGUGCGAAUUCUUGCAUUCCUCUGCCUGUCCCGAUUUGCUUGCAACAGACAAAACCAAAUGUUGGAAAUGGUCCUCAAGGUCAUGUAUGUGACUUACGUGAGAAACACUCGUUUCCUCUCUCCGAGCGUCCUGGCCAAUGUCAAUUUCAUGCGAUUGUCCCUCGUUGAGCUUUUCUAUGUUGACGAGGCUGCUGCGUACCAACAGGCCUUUCUCUACAUCAGGCAGUUGGCCAUUCACCUUCGCAAUGCCGUCAGGGUCCACAAAAAGGAAACUCUGCAAACAGUUUGCAACUGGCAGUAUGUUAGCUCUCUGCAGCUGUGGUGCACCCUUCUGGCUAGAACAACUAAAUCUUCACCUUUGAGAAUGCUCCUCUAUCCGGUUGUUGAGCUGACAAUAGGUGUGGUCCAGUUGUUCUCAUCCCCGCAGUACUACCCUCUCAGGUUCCAUUGCGCCAAGAUGCUGACCUUCAUCUGCAAAUGCAGUCCGACUUUCAUUCCCGUGCUUCCCCUGUUGUACGAAGUGCUGGACGUGUACGACUUCAACAAGAAGCACAAACACGUCAGCAUGAAGCCCAUCGUCUUCACCUGCAUCCUGAGAGUCAACAAGCGCCAGCAGCUGGAGAACAGCUUCAAGGACGCCAUAAUCGAGCAGAUUUACGCAGUCGCCCUUGAGUAUUUGGCCUCCCAGAGCUACUCAAUCGCUUUUCCUGAUUUGGUUGUUCCGUUCAUUAGCCACCUGAUCAAGUUUUCCAAAACUUGCAAAGUGGCCGCUUUUGUCAAGAAAAUGAAGAGUCUGCAGGACAAAAUGGAAGAGAACAGCAAAUUCAUCGAAGAGGCUCGAAAGACCAAGAAUGUCAAUUUGACGAAACAGAAUGACCUCGAUGCUUUCGAUGCAUUUGUCAGAAGCAAAGUUUCUCCUCUGGACGCAUUCUACCAAAAUUGGAGAAAGGCAUUUGAAGAAAAGAAAGUCAUUCGGCAAAAGCAGAGCUUUGAUGAAGCAAAUGUUCCAAAGCUUAAGAAGCAUGCUGCUAAAACUAGCAAUGACGAGCCCACUGAAUUGUUCCCGUCUGAUGAUGAAGAAUCUGAUAACAUUGUUUUCAAGGGAAUCGACUCCGAUGAAGAACAAAAACCUGCUCCUAAGAAGAAGCCAAAGAAGACCAAAAAGGCGGCUCUGGUAAAACCUCCACCAGCUAAGAAAGCUAAGGUACAAGAACCUGUUGACGACAUAGAGGAGGGAGACAUUGUCGCCGAUUUCGACUUGGACGAUUUCUAAUUUGGAAAAAUAAAGCUAUU